AUGGCCGAAAGCGAUAUUGGAUAUAUGCAUGCCUUUCAAGUCUAUACUGGCAAAGAAUUUGGACAACAAGAGAAAGGACUGGCCUACAGAGUUGUAAUGGACUUAUGUAGACCAAUGUUUGGAAGCAAUUUAUGUGUUUACAUGGACAAUUUCUACACAAGUGCUGACCUUUUACGAGAUCUUCAUAUCAGAGGUAUAUAUGCUUGUGGAACUGUACGGUCAAAUUGGAAAAGCCUACCCAAAGACUUGCUGCCAAAGCAAGUUAAAUUACAAAAACACCAAUACAAAGUGGCUCAAAAUGAUGAACUAACAUUCUGUAUUUGGCAGGACACAAAGGCUGUGCUUGUUCUCUCCAACUUCCAUGACCCACUUCAUGUCGGCCAAGUAAACCGCAGGACAGGAGCUGAUCAAAAUGCUGUGGAAGUUCCCAAGCAGCUUGCAGAUUACCAAAAGUACAUGAAAGGGGUAGAUACCUGCGACCAAAUGAUUGGCUACUAUCUGCUACACCACCGGUCAAGGAAAUGGUGGAGACGGCUGUUCUUCUACCUGAUGAUGGUGUCAGCCCACAAUUCCUAUAUCAUCGUGAAGGACGUACAUCCUGAAGUAGCCAAGGAAUGCUGGCCAAAAUUCCAGGACUACAUAGAGGAUCUGUUGGAGGAUCUAAUUGGAGACACACGUGCAAACAGAGAACCUCCCAAAGUUGAUUGUGGUGGACGAGCAACAGAGCAUUCACUUGAACAGUUGUAUGUAAAAAACAAAGUGUGCCGUGAGUGCUCCCUUUCUGGAGUUCCUGGACAAAGGAAAGGUGUCACAAAAAUGGGAUGCAGACAGUGUAAUACACCUGUUCAUUUGGCUUGUCAGUCAAAACACAUAAUGAGAAUGUUGCAGUAG